AUGAGACACCAGAAGACCGCCACCGCCGGUUGGUACGUCGGUUUCUCGACGACUGCUCGAGAUCUUCCUGGAACAGAACGCGUAACGAAUGAAAGAGAGAUUAGAGGUGUUGAAAAGCGCGAAACACAGUUGUUGGAGAUCCUCGAGCAGGAGGGGGAAGACAGAAAAGGCCCACCUCAGGCAGAGCUCGAUGCAACUGGUUUUGCAAGGCACUACUGGUUCUACCAUGCGGAAUGCGUGGUGACUCAUCCCUUUGGGGAAGAGGAGAAGGCUCUAGAUGAUAGGAAGAUCCUGCACGUCUUCCUUGAUGAUUGCGUGAAUAUAGUGCGUCAAUAUCAUCGGGACUCGUGCUCGGCUAGUGGCUUUGAUGGCUUACGGUUUGAGGGCCUUUGGGAUGAGCUUUUUCGUUUUGCUGGAGACAUAUGCGAGAUAGGCCCGGCUUAUCUCCCUGGAGGCGUCCGUGGUCCACCAUAUGAAAGCCCAGCGAGGAAAACAGGGUAG